AUGUUUGUCCCCGUCAUCUUCUCAGACGCCGCAGCCAAAAAGGUCACCAACAAGGCCGCCUGGAGCACCGCAAUCGCCUUCACAACCAACAUAGCUUUCUUCCCCUUCCUCGCCCUCCGCGCCGCCCCCGAGCCCCCCGGCGCGCCAAAGCCGGCGCCGGGCGGCACCCAGGCGGCGCCGGGCUGGGGGGCCGCGACGGGCGCGAUCUGCCUGGCGCUGUGCGGGCUGAGCGCGGCGUGGGCGGUCGCGGGGCGGCCGGAGAUGGCGGGCGGGCUGGCGGAGCGGGCGGCCUACCUUCAAGAAGAGUUUGGAAGCAACAGGGUGUUCUGGGCGUUCUUCCUGGACUGCGGACUGUUCUGGGCCUGGCAGGCCGUCCUGCUGGCUGGGGCGGAGGCGAAGUACCGCUUCGUCCCGGUGGCGGGCCUGGCGGCCUGGCUCAUCGCGGGGAACGGGGCGCAGGGGCGGCAGCAAGCUGCCAAGCAGUAG